UUUGGUAUUUUGGAUGAAUCUGUGAUGCGGUAUCCGUUCGAUGGCUUCUUCAUCAACUGGACGGCUGCAAACAAGGAAGAUUACUAGAAGCGACACCAUAGGGUCUGCCUUCGCGAUGAGCGCCAGGCCCGUUGGCACAGGUAUUCUGGUGAUCGGAACUUCUCAGGACCCCAGGAUACCAACCUUGCUACCUUCAGCCGAGAAGUGCUCGAUGGAAUCACGGAUCAGGUAUGCAGCCACAUCACAGAGGCUUUCGUCAGCCUACUUGAAUCUCGGAAAAGCAGCGGACAUCAUGUUUCAUGAGGCGAAUAAUUCUGUCGGGCAGGAGCACUGGUAUCACCCCACCUCCGAAAUGAUCAGCUCGUGGAUCUCUUUUCGACCAGAGGUGCCUGUUCUCGCUAACUCGACAUGUUUCCUAGCUACGCCGUACCGCAUGGCGAGCGUGGAACCUGCACACAUUGCACAGUAUCCACUCCCAUGUAUUUCGCGAGGCGGCUAUCCCUCAUUGCACAAGAGCAUUGCCACAAUGACCGAAAAUCAAGCUGUAGGGGGGGAAAUGUUGUAAUUUUCCCAAAUAUAGGCAUGAUCCAAUCCGACACAGUGGUUGUUCUCGAUAGCUGGGUAUUUAGCGGUGGUCACUUAGUCACAAGAAGAUCUAGUGGCGUCAAAGAGGACGGGUCUAUCCAGCUGAACUCGUUGCCAGCCUCGCGUCGCCUCGCAUUGGACGAUAAGCUUGACCAGCUCUGGUUAUCAUACUCCGCCUUGCCCCAACCAAGCGUUCAUAACCGUAUGUUAGUUCCUCUUUACGGUGCACGCCACAUGUUUCGAAUGGAAGGUUGGCAGUGGAGGCGGGUCGGGUACAAGUUGCUUGCUCAUGCAUUCUUUGGCCCUCCUGAGAAAGCCUACGGCAACAUUCAGGUAGAGCAACGUGGGUACGGCACAGGUAGCUUUGACCGCUGCAAGGGUGUUUUUAUCCCUUUUACUGCCGGGACUUUUUUCACCAGGGUUCUAGCUGAGAAAAGUGGCGCAAAGAAAGUCCUUGCUGUAGCAUCGCAGAGCAGGUAGAAAUGACUAUCCACAGGACAGGGUCCAAGGUGAUUGGCCAUAUCAUCAAUAUGCCAGGUGCCAGAAGGCAGAAGACCCUCAUAUGCCCGUCUCUGGGGAACGAGCUACGGGGAGAAGAGGUCAAGGCGCAUACACUGCAGAGUGAUAGAAAGUUGGAGGUAAAGGAUGGAGAAAUCUCACUGCCAGCAUCAGAGCUAGUCGAGGGUAUUGUGAUUGAAGGCUUGUAAGAGUUAGAAGGGACGGGGGAUAUCACCAUGGUAGCGUCAGUUGGCUAAUUCAGAAUGGCAAUCUGGCGGAUUGUUUUCUUCAGGAGACACACUACUCACCAUGUCCUUGCGGCAACCAACCCGCUUUCCGGUUGGUCUGGGUGGCUUUUCAACACAAGCUCCAAGGCAAAGGUAGAAGUCAAAUUCCGCGGGCGACCAAU